AGGGGUGAAUGUGGACAGAAAUUAACCCACGUGAAACAAUUAAUUAACGUGGGUUGGUUAGUAAAGUUUGUUUAAGCGUCAAUUAGUUCCGCAAUAAUUAGCUAGCCACACCACAACUUUUAGUAAAGUUUCACUGUCUGGUAGAUACUUCUGCAAAUAUUGACCGCCUUGCCACUCCUCAAUUUCAGUUAUUUCGGCUGUCCUGCUCACUAGUUACUUAGCCACACCCACCAUGACGCACCUGAGCAGCAGCAGUAGGAGGAAGCAGGCACGAGCCUUGAAUUCAUUAAUGUCAGAUAUACCCAAGCCUUAAUGGGGGACAUAAUCCAGGCACUAUAACCAGGACCAUGCUCAGAAUAUACAUCCUUGUCGCUGUUUUCCUGCGGUGUUACGUUUCUGGGAUUGACAACCAAGACGUUUCCCAUGGACUUUCAUUUAAACCCUCCAAGUACUCCAUUGUAAAUCCUCAAGUGAUUCACAGAUGGACAAGGAGUACUGAGAGAAAGUCAGAAGAGAAACAUGGCGAUGAGGAGUCAAUAUCCUAUGCACUCAACAUAAACAACACAAAGCAUGUCCUUCAUCUACAAAAGAACAGAGAUUUUUUACACCCAAACUUUGUUCAGUAUUCACGUGAUGCCACUGGAAACUACAAGUCAUCGUAUCCAAAACCACAUGUCCAUUGCUAUUACCACGGAGAGGUGGAGGGUUAUGAGGAUUCACUGGUAGCACUCAGCACAUGCUCUGGCCUCAGGGGUGUGAUCGUUCUCGGAAAUGAGACCUAUGGGCUUGAUCCUGUGCCGCAGUCUUCCACCAACGAGCACCUUCUGUACCAUCUGAAGGAUGUCCAGUCCGACCCCGUUACCUGUGGGGUCGUCGAUGAGGCUGCAUCAACAACGCAAAGCCACGAACCGUUUGAGCCUGCCCAGUCUCUUACUUCCCUGCUGCGGAGGAAGCGUAAUUUGCCUCAAACCAGAUAUGUGGAGUUGGUGCUGGUAGUGGACAAGCUCAGGUAUGAUUUUAGGUCACAAAAUGAGACGGCGAUACGAGAGGAAAUGGUGGAUAUCGCUAAUCUACUGGACGGAUAUUACAAGCAGCUUAAUGUCCGCGUAGUGCUGACGGGCCUGGAGAUUUUUAAGGAAAGUAAUCCCUUUAGUGUGGAGGGCAGUGCAGGAGAUGUCUUGGGGAGGUUCGUUACGUGGAGGAAGGAUACUCUGUUACCAAGACACAGGCAUGACAUUGGUCAACUUAUCGUGGGUCGGUCAGGGGCAUAUGAUGGUGGUGUGUUAGGUAUGGCCUUUGUCGGAACGGUCUGCUCCACGACAGCCUCUGGAGGAAUCAACGUGUUCAGUGGCAUCGGAGUGGGUUUUGUCUCCACCAUAGUGGCCCAUGAGAUGGGCCACAACUUGGGCAUGAAUCACGACGCUGCGCACUGCACUUGUGAUGGAAAAAGCUGCAUCAUGGGAGGGGCUGCUACUGGUUCCGUUGGUUUCAGCAGCUGCAGUGCAAGUGACUUUGAGAGCCUGAUCAUCCGUGGAGGAGGCAUGUGUCUGAAUAACCAGCCCUCCGCAUCAGAUGCGAUUGGCAAAGCUGAAUGUGGCAACGGCCGACUGGACAACGGAGAGCAGUGUGAUUGCGGCAAACCAGAGGAAUGCGAUAAUAACUGCUGUGAACCAACCACCUGCAGAUUCAAAAGUGGGGCCUCCUGUGCUCAGGGGAGCUGCUGCCGCAACUGUCAGAUCAUGGUUGCUGGAACGCCGUGCAGACAGUCUGCCGACACCUGCGAUCUUCCUGAGUUCUGUGACGGCACAAGAGGCACCUGCCCCAAUGACUUCUACGUCAUGGACGGCCUGCCCUGCGAAGGCGCCUACUGCUUCGAGGGCCGAUGCCAGACGUACGAUUACCAGUGCAGACAUCUAUUUGCACCAGAUCCAGCAACAAAGGCAGAUGACAUUUGUUUUGAGACUGCUAACACAAAGGGAAAUUUAUUCGGUAACUGUGGAAUAAAUGGAGCAGGAUUUAUCAAAUGUACUGUAGCGAACGCCAAGUGUGGAAAGGUGCAGUGUACCAACGUGGACUUCAGCACCAUCCCUAGCGGUGCACAAGUCAGUAUUCAAAUGGUUCAAGGCUCAACUUGUGUUAAUGCAGACUUCAACCUCGGCUCAGAUGUGCUCGAUCCUGCCUACGUUAACUCUGGAAGCCCCUGUGGUGAAGGAAAGACGUGCCUGGACUUUCAGUGUGUAAAUGCAACUGCACUGUUGCCCAGAUUGGACUGUGAUGCCAAGACCACAUGCACCAACCGAGGGGUUUGUAAUAACCAAGGGAACUGCCACUGUGAGGAUGGAUGGGCCCCACCUAAAUGCGACAGGGCAGGGCGGGGUGGCAGCAUAGACAGCGGUCCUGCACAGAUAGAUUACUCCCUCAGGAACGGCCUGUUGAUCUUCUUCCUGUUAGUCGUACCUGUUCUUGUCCUUGUCAUCCUGUUGCUGCUCUACAUCUUCCGGAGAGACACCCUGGACCCGUGCCUGAAGGGAAGCCUCACCAAACGUCUCAAGUCACGUAAUGCUCAAAAUGCAAAUGGACAGUCAAACAGCAAUGCUCAGACCAGAACCCAGCUGCCAGCACAGGUUCCCCCUGACAGGGCUGGAUAUCCACCAGCUACCUCAGUUCCAAUCUCUGGCUUUAGGUAUGGGGAACUGGAUUACUGGAAUGCAGAAGCACCAGCUGCCGCCGCCGCCACCACCGCCACCGCCGCCGCCGCCGCCCCUGCACCAUCAGCAGCUCCGAGGCAGGGCCCCGGAGUACCCAAACCAAUCAUGCCCAUGCAGCCACCAGUCUGAUUCCCCUUUUUUACCAAAUAUGUGUCAUUGUAUUGUGAAUGUGGAGUUCAAUACAGGUCAGCACUGUAUGAAGAGAAUAUUUUAAAACACUGUGAUGAUAAUGGACUUAUUGCUACUUGUUGCCAGCACCUUUUACAGUCGAUUGAGGCGACAUGGUGGUGGAUGAGGCUGGUGGACGUGUGGAUAUUUUUGGGGAGAAUGUGUUUUUUUAUUAGAUUCCUGUCUAUUACUCAUUGGAUAUACAUGCACAUAUAAUACUUUAAAAAUCAACAAAUCGUUUAUAUUUUAUACUGCUGUGUGUCAUUUUCCAAGUAUUUAAAAAAAAAUAAACUUUGAUUUAAUGAAUUGUAAUAAAAACAUGUAUCAGGUGGAUCAGAUAUGAGGCUCUUUUUAUUGUGACAUAGUUUGUUAAAACAGCAGUGAGGCUUCAUUACUAUCAGCACUUACUGUUUUUUGGCACUUGUGAUCAGAAGACAUUAGAAGUGCAAACCGGGUCUAUGUAGAUGUCAGAAAUAAAAAAUAAAAAAAGCAAGAUGUGCUAGA